GGCAGGGAAUGUGGGGCUGGGGCAGGGGCUGCUGCCAACUCUUGACCACAGGGGACACAGAGCAGAUGGAGAAGGGUCUCACCCAGACUGGACCCCAGGCAGGUCAACAAGCUUGGGAGUCCCUGCUGAGGUGGGGACACAGUGGAGGUGCAGGGAGCCAGGAAUGAGAGGACCUUCCCAAAGGCAGGGAUGCAGCCCACGUGCAGGGGGCCUGGCCUAGGUGGGGACACAGCCAGGUGCAGGAAGCAGGGGGCGCUCACUCAAGGGAAGACAUCUACAGGUGCAGGCAGGAGGGAACUUCACCUAGGCUGGGUCACAGAACAGGUGCAGGGGCCAUGAGGGGCCCUCCCAGGCGGAGACACAGUGCAGGUUCAGUAGGGGUUUCACCCCAGUGAGGACACAGUGCAGGUGCAAUAAGCCUGGGGCCCUCACUGAGAUGGGGACACAGCAUCCAUGCAGGGAGGCAGAAAUGGGGGCCCUUGUUCAGGCAGGGACCUGGAGGGGUUGCAGGGAUCUGGGAGACCCUGACUCAAGAGGGGCCAGGUGCAGGGAGCAGGUAUUGGGGUCCGGGACCCAAGAGCGCAGGUAGGAGGAGCGGAGCUCGGAUGGAGGCUCUGAAGAGCUGGGCCAGUCUCCAGCGCCCAGGCCUGGCCGAGCGUGGCAAGUGGGUCCGGGUGUGUCACAUGACCGGAUGAUGCCAGGCUGUGGGGCAGGGCCCCUGUGGCCACCCUGGCUGUGCACCUGGGUGGCAGCCAGUGGGGCGGGAGCUGGGGCUGCAGCUGUGGUGUUCCCAGAGGCCCAGGUGCCCUCUCCCACACUCCUGGGCCCUCUGGGUUGUGGGAACCGGCCAGCUCCUGCUCUGUCCCCUCAGGUGUCCUGCAGGCACAGCUCCUCGGGGGGCCCAGGCCGAUGGCAGGUCUUAACGUGUCCCUCUCCUUCUUCUUUGCCACCUUCGCCCUCUGCGAGGCAGCCAGGCGGGCCUCCAAGGCCCUGCUCCCAGUGGGCGCCUAUGAAGGCUUCGCCCGGGAGGCGGUGGGCGCGGUGCAGCUUGGGGCCUGCUGCCUGGAGAUGAGGACGCUGGUCGAGCUCGGGCCCUGGGCUGGGGACUUGGGGCCUGACCUGCUGCUCACCCUGCUCUUCCUGCUCUUCCUGGUGCACGGGGUCACCUUGGACGGGGCCUCGGGCAACCCCACCGUGUCCCUGCAGGAGUUCCUCAUGGCCGAGGAGUCUCUGCCUGGCAUGCUGCUGAAGCUGGCGGCACAGGGGCUGGGCAUGCAGGCCGCCUGCACCCUGACGCGCCUCUGCUGGGCCUGGGAGCUCAGCGACCUGCACCUGCUGCAGAGCCUCAUGGCCCAGAGCUGCAGCUCGGCCCUGCGCACAUCCGUGCCCCACGGGGCACUCGUGGAGGCCGCCUGCGCCUUUUGUUUCCACCUGACCCUCCUGCACCUGCGGCACAGUCCUCCCGCCUACAGCGGGCCCGCUGUGUCUCUGCUGGUGACCGUCACGGCCUACACAGCCGGGCCCUUUACGUCUGCCUUCUUCAACCCUGCCCUGGCCGCCUCUGUGACCUUUGCCUGCUCGGGACACACCUUACUGGAGUACGUGCAGGUGUACUGGCUGGGCCCUCUGACAGGGAUGGUCCUGGCUGUGCUGCUGCACCAGGGCUGCCUUCCCCGCCUUUUCCAGAGGAACCUGUUCUACAGCCAGAAGAACAAGUACCGAGCACCCCGAGGGAAGCCGGCCCCAGCCUCGGGGGACACCCAGACCCCUGCAAAGGGGUCCAGUGUCCGGGAGCCUGGGCGCAGCAGUGUUGAGGGGCCACAUUCCAGCUGAGUGGCCUUGCUCUGUGUGAGCCCCGUGUGAGGGCCCUGCUCGUAGCUGGACCCUGGAACCCUCUGGAGCUAAGAGGGAAUCCCGGCCCCCUCCCCAGAAGCCAUUUGUCAAUAAACCAUUUCUAAGACCUGUGUGUCCCCCUGGGCCCGAGAGAGGCUUCUGGACGGGCAGGCAAGGGUGUGCGGCAACACGGUGAGGCUGGUGCGAGUCUCCCCAUCUCCCACGGGCUCCUUCCUGCCUCUUGUUACAGAAGAAGCAGGAGAGGAAAGGGCAGGAUGACAGGGAAGAGCCCAGGGAGUCCACCAGGUCCCGAGUCUGCCAAGAUGAUGCUGCAGCCCUGGACAUGCCCGGGAGGGAGCUCACAGCCACGGAGGCCUGAGACCCGCUGGGAUGCUGAGGAUGGCACUGGAGCCUGAGGCUGUAGGCUUGUGAACUAGGCACAGGGCACCCAGUCCCACGGGCCCUGAGUUCGUGACCCUCAGGACCAUGGCCCACUCGUUGCCCAAAGCCAGGUCAAUCACUGAGACCUUGGUGGCAGAACUGGGACCUGGAGGCAUGGCACCUCCAGCCAUUUCCUUCCCAAAGAACAGAGCCGGUCUGGAAACUUCCACCCAAAGGAGAUAAGGGCCCUCUGCUAUGGGUCCUGCUGCCCCACCCAGAGGGAGGAAGUGAGGUGGCCGGUGCUUCUGCCACAGGCUGUACCCCGUCCUCUGGUCUGCAGCAGCCCUGGGUCCAGCUGCUCUGCUAUGGGGGAAGGACGAGAGGAGAAAGCAGGGAGAUGUCCUCGAUGCGGGGGGCUACGGGACACCCCAACCCCAGUGAGACCUCCACCCCGGCCAGCAUCCAGGCUCUUGACACCAUCGCGAGAAGGAAUUCAGGGGCGAGUUGGCAAAUAGUGAAAGACCAGAGAUUUCCUGCGAAGCCCAAAGCUCCCACUGGAGAAAGGGAGUGUGGUGCCCUCUAGAGUCCCGUCCCAGGCAGGGGCGCUGGGGCUGGAGGAAUCCACAGGAUUCCUGGAAAACGUGGAGAUGUCUCAGAGCUGCGGCGCCGCCCACUUCUUACACCAAAUCUGGGUGUUCUGGAGCCAUCAUGCGCUGGUGGGGGUGUGAUGAGUGUGCCAAUGAGCGCACCGUGAGGUCGCAGGAGACACCCGGGCACAGCCAGAGCCCUGUGGGGUCCAGGCGGUCUCAGCCAGCACGGCCACACCCCGGUGUUUUGGGUCCUGUCAGCCCCUCGCUUCUGCAGGGUUUCCUUUUGCUAGAGAUGAGAAGGGGCUGCCUGGAACUUCCACUCCCCUCCGACCACCCUGUAUUAUUCCCGUCUCAUGGUGCGUGGGGUUCUCCCUGGGGAUGCCGGUGAGGCCACGUUUUCCUGGACGAGCGUUUGGUGGAGGGAGAGAAGGAAGAAUCCUCUCCCCUCCCAGAGGCUGCCCCUUCACACACACACCCUCCUCCCCGCCAGAAAGCCCCUUCACACACACACUCUCCUCCCCGAAGCUGCCCCUUCACACACAC